UUGCUUGUUUUCUGCGGACGUUGAUGCAGCUGGGGCCCUAUUGCAUGUGGUCCGCAAAUGGAGUCCUUCUUGCGUGUGGUGGGUCUGAGCAAAGAAAGCGACUCCUUGUGCGAAAUGCCCAAGACUUCAAAGAAACCAAGUUCGGCGAGGCGUUUCGACGAGAUUGAUCUGCCGGACCUGGCCAAGAUUGCCGCGCAAACGGAGCAGAGUGUCCUGCAACUGGAGGAAGAAGCCAAGAGCCUGGAAAAGUUGCUUUUGAUCGAGGCGCAAGAAGUUUUGCAGCGCUGGAAUCAGGCCCUGAAACGGCGCACGCGGCAAGAUGAGACUGCUCCAUCUUUCAAGGCGCAGUUUCUGCGCAGUAAUGCCUUAGAAAAGACCUUGGAGGCUUUGCGCAAGAAUGAACGAUUGAAGCAUGAGUUGUCGGAUCGUCCUCUUUUUGCUUCAGCUGAUGAAUCUAACCCUUCAGAGGUGUUCAUGGCGGAGUUGCGAAACCUCCUGCAGCUGUGCUUGCCGAAGUGUGCCAGCCCUCUGGUGGAAGCCAUGGUGGCAGCAGUGUUUGCAGAGCCAGAGCCUAGUUCAUCUGAGACCUUGGCGGUGCUCACUGCCUUGCGGUCCUUGAAAGAAGACUGGCGCGAGGCCGUACGUUCGCAGGCGGCCAAAGCCUUGGAGAUGCGUUUGGACUCCCUGACGUAUAAGCUCCAGAAGUUACCGCCCAACUCCUCUCGGCGAUUCUCGCGGGAUCGGGUGCAUGUCCUCGCCUUGCUCUUGCAGGCCCUGGUGGACCUGCGCAGUGGCAUGGAGACGCAUGGUGCAGAGAUCGACUCUGCGCUGCUCGCCCUGGGCCUGAAAUCUCCUGGAAGUGCUUCGCGCCAGACAGGUAGCACCCGGGCUGACAGCAAGAGUCGCUCACGGACCACCUCAGUGAUUAGUGAGAACAGCGGCGACUCAGGGUUUCCGAGUCCAGAGGAGUGCGGGGCAGCUGUGGACGCCAUGUCCAGGAGGACAGAGCAGGGGGUCCGGCAGGGCCUGCGAUUGCUUGGACUGCCCAGCGAGCCCUUGCAUUUUGUUCCGGGCGCGGAGCUGCGAUUGCGGGGCCACGACAUCAGGGUGGCUGUGUGCAGCUUGAUUACCCUGUGGCAGCAGGAGGAUCGCCCUGCCUUCCUGGAAGUUCUCCAGCGCAUCAAACAGAUCCUCUCUGCGGAUCGGGCUCCGGAGCGUGAGAUCCGAGAACUGCAAACUGCCACGGCGAAGAGCGAGGUGCUUCCAGAGGAUGCUUGCAGCCUGCGACGUCUCCGGGAUUCCCUCGCCAGCGAGCGGCGAGCGGCGCAGGAAAAGCUGCAAGGAUUGGAGCAGCGCUUGGAUUCCGUGGAGCGCCGCCUGCGGGAGUUGGAGGAGACGGAGGAGCCGAGUAUCACCAGUUCAUCCUCCGAGUCUGUGGCAUUGCAGGUGCAGCGAGUGGCCGAAAUGCUUUCGACUGAAACGCAGCGGUCCUUAGAACGCCUUGGGACGCAGCUACAACAGAGGCGAACGGAGCUGAUCACGGCUCUGCGCAGCCAUUUGGACAGCGAGUCCGAAAGGCUCUCCUCGUUGGCCGUGGCGCCUGGUGGGGCGGAGCAUUCGAUGGCCACAGAUCUGGCGAUGGAAGCGCUGCACGACGCGGCCAGCGAGAACCGGUUGCUCUGCGAGCGAGUGCAGAAGGUCGUCGGAGGCAGCAUGUGUGAUUGCCGGAGGGAUGGCAACUACUACGAUGCCACCAUCCAUGCAGUGCUUCCAGGCGGUUUUGUGGUGGUCAAUUGGCUAAGACCGAGGGCCCAUGGAGAUCUCAAUGACCGUCCCAUCCGCACCAUCAGUGGAAUUGGUGGCGACGAUACACUUCAUCGCAUUGUUCAGACGGCGGAUGUGGAGUUUGAUGCUCUUUCGCCGGACCUAGCGGCUGCUUUCGCCACCUUUCGCGAUCGUUCUCAGCAGGACCGUCACUGUGUUGAUUGUGGAUGCGAUGGCACAGACUGGGCUUCCAUUUCCUUCGGUACAUACCUCUGUGCGCGCUGUGCGGAGGAGCACCUGCGGAUGGGGUCUGCCCGAAGCCUGGUGAGGCCUCUGAACGAUGGAUUCGGCUGGACUGAGACUGAAUUAAAGUACAUGGCCGUGGGUGGCAAUGCAGCCUUCUGCGCCUGCAUCGAUCAGUAUCCAGCUGUUAAGGCUCUAUCGGCGACCGGAAGGUACGAAACUCGUUUUGCUGAGUACUACCGAAGGCACCUGGAUGCCCUCUGUAUAGGUGCCCAAUUGCCGCCGACGCCAAGUGCACCGGAACAGUCGGCGGUGGAAUUUUCCUCCCGUGCUGAAGCCCUGGCACUGGCGCAGGAGGCGGCUCAACGAAUCGAAGAGGCUGCGCAGGCAGCCAAAGCGCAGUGUCUUGGACCUCUGGGACCGAGGAGUUGCUCCCUGGAUGUCCGACCCGCCUUGGACCCUGUGAUUUUCGAGGCACCGAGGAGUAUGUCAGAUGUGAAAUCUCGGAGGAGGAAGGUUUCCUGCUGAGAGUGCCAACUGUGCAUGAGAUAAUGCCGUCCGUUUCACGCAGCAGCUGGGACUUCAUGCAGAAAUGAUG